GGUUGUGCAGGGCCAUCGGAGUGAGCAAUUUCUUGAUACAUCACCUGGACGAGUUCCUGCAGGAUUGUACGAUCGUUCCACACGUUAACCAGGUCGAAUACCAUCCCUACCACAACCCGAAGGAGCUCGUGGCGUACUGCAGAGAUCGAGGAAUCCAGUUUGAGGGGUAUUCUCCGUUGGCUAAGAGAACGCUGCUUGAUAAGGCUCCGAUACAGGAGAUUGCCAAGCGCAACAACUGCACUGAAGCACAAGUGUUGCUACGAUGGUCCAUACAGAAUGACGUUGUGGCCAUACCUAAGUCAACAAGUGAGAAGAGACUGAAGGAGAAUGCUCAGGUUUUUGGCAUUGAGUUGUCGAAGGCAGACAUGAACAUACUUGAUAAUCUCCACACUGGCUACAGAAUUGUCGACGCCAGCCUCAUACAGGAUAAGGUCAACCUGUCGUACGAACAGCUGCGGUUGCUAUUGCAACGCGACGAUUCUUGCAAACAGAAGAAGAAGAUGCACAAGAUAGUCGAGUCAUUCCAAAUUUAGUUUUAAGCCACGAGCGUGCAAAACAGAAGAGCAGUCUGCGGGUAAAUGCCGUCUGGUGGGUAGGAUAGUCGUUUGGCUAGUCAUCAUCACAUUGCUUCUCCCAUUGUUAUAACACAAUGUUUUGCUCUGCUACUGCAUGUAAUUGUAUCCCCAGCGACGAAGUCGGCAGGGAUACUAUGGUUUCAUGUCUCCCCAGCCGCCGCCGCCGCUCGGUCCGCCGCAGAGAAUUUUCCUUCCGCUCUAUAACUCGACCCCUAAUUGACCUAGCUUUACCAAACUUGGUAUACUUACACAUCUUGGGGAGAAGGUGAGCAGCGUACCAAAACCAGGUCACUGCGACCUUUAUUUGACCUUUACCUUGACCUUGAUCAUAUUUCCCUUCCGCUCUCUAACUCGGCCCCCAAUUGACCUAGCCCUACCAAAUUUGGUAUACUUACAUAUCUUGGGGAGAAGGUCUGUCGCAUACCAAAACCAGAUCACUGCGACCUUUAUUUUUUAUUUUUUU